AUGGAAACACUCUUCCCAUUCAGACAAAAUGUCAGCGUUGCCUAUCGACUUCCUCCAGUAUCAAGUCUCGUAUAUCGAAAGGAUGAAGUCGUUAUUGCUAGUGCAAGUAGGACUCCUAUGGGCAGCUUUCGUAGUUUAUUAGCAUCUAUACCUGCUACUAAACUCGGUUCUAUCGCUAUUGCCAAUGCAAUCAAUCAGGCAGGCAUCCUUAACGAUGAUGUCAAGGAAGUCUACAUGGGUAAUGUCUGUCAAGCUGGAUUAGGACAAGCACCCGCAAGACAAGCUGCUCUAGGGGCAGGUCUUUCGGAAUCUACCCCUUGCUGCACCAUCAAUAAGGUUUGCGCCUCAGGUAUGAAAUCAAUCAUGAUGGCUACUCAAAAUCUAGCUGUUGGAGAUCAGGAUGUCAUGGUUGCGGGAGGCAUGGAAAGUAUGUCUCAGGUACCAUUUCUGGUUGGCCGCGAUGCUCCAAAUUAUGGCGGAGCUAUGAUGGUGGAUGCUGUAGUUCAUGAUGGCCUUAUUGACGUUUACAACAAAAUUCACAUGGGUGUUUGUGCUGAAAAUUCUGCUAGCAAAUAUGGUAUAAGUCGUGAAGAACAAGACAAUUACGCAAUUGAAUCUUACAAGCGAAGUGCUGCUGCCACAGAAAGUGGGAAAUUUGCAUCAGAAAUCACCCCAGUAGCUGUAUCUAAACGUGGACGUCCGGAUACUGUUGUAUCAGAAGAUGAAGAAUUUCGUAAAGUUAACUUUGAAAAGUUCACAUCCUUAAAAACCGUUUUCAAGAAGGAAAACGGAACCAUCACCGCAGCGAAUGCUAGCACCCUUAACGAUGGUGCAGCUGCUCUCGUCCUAAUGACCAGGGAAGCUGCAGACAGAUUGAAAGUAAAGCCUCUUGCUCGUAUACUUGGAUACGCUGAUGCAGCUCACGCUCCAAUCGACUUCCCAACUGCCCCAGCACCAGCCAUGGAACUCGCAAUGAGAAAGACCGGUACAACGAAGGAUGAUUUUGAAAUGAUCGAAAUCAAUGAAGCUUUCAGUGCUGUUGUAUUAGCCAACAUAAAAUUAUUAGGUUUGGACCCCUCCAAGGUAAACAUUGACGGAGGCGCGGUUUCCUUAGGCCACCCAAUUGGGAUGUCUGGUGCUAGAAUCGUUGGUCACCUUGCUCAUCGAUUGACGCCUGGAAGUAAGGGUAUGGCCUCAAUCUGCAACGGUGGUGGUGGUGCUUCCGCUAUUAUUAUUGAACGUUUAUAA